CAACAGGCUCCUUCGAACCCAAUAUUCAGCUCAUCCGGCAGCCAAGAGACCACUCAUCCAGCAGUCCAGAGACAGGUGCGCCACCCGCGUAGCACCGUGAAGGCUCCGUCGAGAUGCCACCACAAAUCAAGCAAGACCUCAACCGCUCCGGCUGGGAAACCACCGACCUUCCCUCCGUUUGCGAAAAAUGCCUGUCCGACAACCCUUACGUCCAAAUGCUAAAGGAAGACUACGGCGAAGCCUGCAAACUCUGCACGCGACCCUUCACCGUCUUCCGCUGGAAAGCGGAUCGCACUGCACGUCAAAAACGAACCGCAAUCUGCCUCACAUGCGCGCGACUGAAGAAUUGUUGUCAGUGCUGCAUGCUGGAUCUCAGCUUUGGACUCCCCAUCACGAUUCGAGAUGCUGCAUUGAAGAUGGUGGCGCCUGGGCCGCAAUCGGAGAUUAAUCGAGAGUACUUUGCACAGAAUCAUGAGAAAGAAAUUGAAGAGGGAAGAGGGCUGGAGGGAUACAGCAAGACGGAGGAAAAAGGGAGAGAACUGCUGAGGAGGUUGGCAAACUCGGAGCCGUAUUAUAAAAAGCAGAGAAGGCUGGAACUGGAGGCUCAAGAAGAAGGUGGCCAGAAACUACUCGAAGGUGGAGAAGGACACAAGACUGGACCGAUCAGGACGCAGGACUCGAAAGGGAAAUCGGCAUACGGCUCGGCAUAUGGACCGUCCACUACGAGAGGCGGCGGCGCAGCUGGCGGAAGAGGCGGAAGAGGUGGUGGAAGAGGUGGUGGGAGAGGUGGAAAGGGCUUCCCAUCUGGAGCUGCUUUACCACCAAAACCACAGGACAUUGCUCCACCUGCAGACAAGAACAUUACGAGUUUAUUUGUGACUGGAGUCGAAGACGAUCUGCCCGAGCACGCCAUCAGGGAGAUUUUCUCACAACACGGUGCGUUGCGGUCACUAGUCUGCAGUCAUCGCUCGCAUUGUGCCUUCGUGAACUAUAUGGAUCGCGAGGGAGCAGAGAAGGCGGCGCAGGCAUUUCAAGGCCGGGCCGUGGUGAAGGGUGUACCUUUGAGGGUUCAGUGGGGAAAGCCUAAGCCUUUGGACAGUAUGGAGCGUGACCAGAGGAUGGAGAACGCAAGAGCAGGCAGGCGAACAGCCUCUGCAACCCAGGCACUCGCUGGACCUGCGGGCAGGAAAGCUAUUGCAGGAGCUGCUGAGAACGCACCAGGCGAUGACUUCGACAGUUUGGCAGCUGUCGCGCCGCCGCCUGGACAAGGCGACGUAGAGUACGCGUCUCUCGCUGGCGAGUGAGGAAGUCAACAGUGAAUGCAUGUUUGGGUGGUUUCAGCGAGGCGUCUGGUGUCUCUGGCAAAUAUAGCAGCAGAGUGGCGGCUUGUAUCAGUAGAUCGCAUCCCAGCUGCGAGAAUGCCAUGAUUUGACGUGGAGACCCAAGCGACCCGAAUUUUCUCAACCAAACGGCUUGGUCCCGACAACAAGCAACAGGUCAUUCCAAAUGUCAGGUAUUCCUCAAGCCAUUACUACCUCAAGUACCUGUCGAGCUACACCUUCUCCAGCCCAACAUCAUCAGCAUACCGCACAUGCUGCUGAGCACCAGAUUCCGACCAGAGUGCGCCCUUAUGAACAUGCUCGAAUCGUGCAAUCUCGACAUCCAACUCGCUAUUCCUCCGCAGCCUGCCGCCGGGCCCCAUAGUCGGCGUAGCCGCAUGAGUAAUAUCCGAAUUAAUCUUGCCAAAGUCGACGAUUUCCUCAAUGGGAACUUCCAUAUUGUCCUUGGAAGUGAUGAAAUUCAAUGGGCCGGUAGAACCGUCGGGAACGAUGGAAACUAGCCGGGUGAGAAUGGCGAAUUCUAGUUUGAGCUUGAUUGAGUAUACGAGGCCUUUGAGGAGAAUUUGGAGAAUGUAGAGGGAUGCGGCUUCGACGCCUAAUAAGACGAGAUCCAUGGAAAUGAUGGUGACGUUGAUGGCGAUGAGUUGUUGCAUGGUCCUUCGUUGUUGACGUCCGCCGGCUUGCGAUGAACUGCGGAGGAGAUGGACGGUUUCUGUGAUGUAGAUGGACGAUAAGAUGGUCUCUUGGAGAAAAAAACCGACCAUUUGGACCUGAUGGAGAAAAAUUAGCAACAGUGCUGCCCCCCUUUUUUUUUCUUUCUUGCGCG